GCAGAGUGCAUGGCGAGAACGGGAGACUGAGGCUUCCCUGACUGCACCGCCUUGGAUACAGCGCUUCGGAGCCGCAUUGGGACGGGAAAGUCACAGCUAUCCAUAGGAAUGUGUGAGAGGGGAUGCGCUUCCCCAGGUAGAACAAAACCAUGUUAAUCUAGUGAGAGCAGACUUCACCGCUUAGUGAAAGGAUAUUCAACACAUCCAGAAUCUGCCAUGGUUCACAAGACAGCAGAUGGGGAUAGGUUCUGCUCGUGCCUCAAUUCCUUCGGAGCUGCAGAAUGCGUACGCCGGCAAGACCGUAGGACUCAUAGCAUUUGUAUGGUCUCAGACUUUUUUUAUCCAAACAUGGGAGGGGUGGAAAGUCAUAUUUAUCAACUAUCCCAGUGCCUGAUUGAGCGAGGACACAAAGUUAUAAUCGUUACUCAUGCCUAUGGGGACAGAAAGGGAAUCCGCUACCUUACUAAUGGCCUGAAAGUAUAUUAUUUACCUCUGAAGGUCAUGUAUAACCAGUCGACUGCAACAACCCUCUUGCACAGCCUUCCUCUUCUCAGGUAUAUCUUUGUAAGGGAGCGAGUCUCAAUUAUUCACUCGCAUAGCUCAUUCUCUGCUAUGGCCCAUGACGCUCUCUUCCAUGCAAAGACUAUGGGUCUCCAUACGGUUUUUACGGACCAUUCACUCUUUGGUUUUGCUGACGUCAGCUCUGUGCUCACCAACAAGCUUCUGACUGUGUCCCUGUGUGAUACUACCCACAUCGUCUGUGUCUCUUACACCAGCAAAGAAAACACGGUGCUCAGAGCAGCACUCGAUCCCAAAAUUGUCUCGGUAAUCCCCAAUGCUGUUGAUCCAACAGACUUUACUCCAGAUCCGCAUAAGAAAAUGAGCAACAAAAUCACCAUUGUUGUGGUCAGUAGGCUUGUAUACAGAAAAGGAAUUGAUUUGCUGGGUGGCAUUAUCCCUGAAAUGUGUCAGAAAUAUCCUGAAUUGCAUUUCCUAAUUGGAGGCGAGGGGCCCAAGCGAAUCAUUUUAGAAGAGGUACGAGAAAGGUACCAACUCCAUGACAGAAUACAACUUUUGGGAGCUCUGGAGCAUCAAGAUGUACAAAAUGUAUUAGUAAAGGGAGAGAUAUUUCUAAAUACAUCUCUAACAGAGGCUUUCUGUAUGGCGAUUGUUGAGGCUGCCAGCUGCGGAUUGCAGGUUGUGAGCACAAAAGUAGGGGGAAUUCCUGAAGUGCUGCCAGAAGAUCUCAUUAUCCUCCGUGAACCAUCAGUGAAGUCGCUUUGCGAUGGUUUAAAGAAAGCCAUUGAUAACCUGAAGUCAGGGACUUUGCCAAGUCCUGAUGCAAUCCACAAGAGAGUGAAAACAUUUUAUACCUGGAGAGAUGUUGCUGAAAGGACUGAAAGGGUUUAUGAUCGAGCGGCCCUUGAAACUGUAUUACCCAUGAACAAAAGGCUUGAGCGACUUAUAGGGCACUGCGGGGUCGUCACCGGCUACGUGUUUGCCUUGUUUGCCAUCGUUAGUUAUAUAUUCCUGCUCUUUCUACGGUGGAUGACGCCGGAUUCUGUGAUCGAUGUUGCUGUAGAUGCCACAGGUCCAGAAGGAGCUUGGUCAAGACAGUAUUCCAAUAAAAGAGAACGCCAAGAAAAUAAUUUUAAUGUGCUGUCAAAUGAGUAAACAAACGUUUAUUAUGUCUGUUGCUUGCUACGCCUUGGGAGAUGUGUACUUUAACCCAUCUUAACAUAAAAACAAAUGUAGAAAUUGUUUGAUCUAUAUGUUUUUAUGCCUGAUUUAAAAAAAAAUCUUUACAAUUUUCUAAAAAGUAACAUAAGCCUGAGUG